AUGGCAGCACAAAAAGAAAUGGGGAGGAAUUUCAGUUUCAAAGACAACCUUAUAAUGUGCUUCAAACCUUACAACAACAUUAACAACCACAACAACAACAAUAAUAAUAAUAUUAAGAAGGAAAGAGAUGAUGAUCCCAUGGUGAAAGAUAAGUUAUCAGAUUCUAUGUCCAAAUUGAAAGUAUCAGACACAGGGAAGAAUUUUUCUCAAGGAAGAAUAAUUGAAACAAAUCUUUCUACAACUGUGAAGUAUACAUGGACCAUUUGGAACUUCUCUGCAUUGGAAUGUUACCAAAAAUACUCAGACACAUUUUUUACAGGGAAUCAUCCAUGUUGGAAUAAAACCGUUAAUUUCAAGUUGACUCUGAAAAAUUUGUUCUUCACUGAUAAAGACAUAACACGAGGUACUAAAUAUGAAUAUGGCAGUGCAAAAUAUCCUGGCUAUGGUUUCUCAUCGUUUAUAACUUUAACCGAGUUUCUUGAUCCUAACAACGGGUUUCUUGUGAACGAUUCUUGUUCUAUCGAGGCUGAAGUUUGUGUUGUGAAUGAUGGUCAUCAACAUCAUCCUAAUGAUAAUCGCAUAGUGCCUUUGGUUACAAGAAAUAACGACAACAACAACUUAGUGGAUUUCAAGGGUUUAUGCAAAGUGAAAAAAGAUUUUGUUCCACUACUGGAGGAAGCGUGUUCUAAGCAUCCUGAACUUGUUGAAGGUCAGAAAAAGAGAAAUCAGAGUGAAAAAUUUACUGAAAAUUCGUUCAUGACUUUGGGAAGAGUUCUUCAUUUUCUAAAGAGUCAUAAAGAUGUAAAGGACUGUACUGAUGAUUGUGUUAAGGAGUUUCAGAAUUUGUGGAAGGAACUUGAGUCUUCUGGAUUUGAUGAUCUGACUUGGUUGGAAAAUGAUGUUAAAAACUAUACGGUGAAAAAGUUAAACGAAAAUGUGGAUCUUCAAGGAGAAAAAGGAGAAUUGUUGAAAGUAGAUUAA